CUUGCACGCCCCCCGGGCUCACUUCCGGGCACAGUGGCUGCGUGACGUCAGGCGGAGGGCAAGUGAGCACUGCUCUUUGGACGCUUCCUUCCCUGGCAAGAGGCUCCUCUGAGCCAGCACCACCCACCCCUCACAGCCUGUGGCCCCUUUCCAGACUGUGGAGGGCAGUACUGGACCAUCUUCUGCGUGACCCCGCCCCCUUGAGGGUGAGGACCAGUUACAGCUCCCAAGAUGGGUGAAAGGAAAGGUGUCAACAAGUACUACCCUCCGGACUUCAACCCUGCAAAGCAUGGCUCUCUCAACCGAUACCACAACAGCCACCCACUCCGGGAACGGGCUCGGAAGCUGUCACAAGGCAUCCUCAUCAUCCGGUUCGAGAUGCCAUAUAACAUCUGGUGUGACGGCUGCAAGAACCACAUCGGCAUGGGCGUUCGUUACAAUGCAGAAAAGAAGAAAGUGGGCAACUACUAUACCACCCCCAUCUACCGGUUUCGGAUGAAAUGCCACCUGUGUGUCAACUACAUCGAGAUGCAGACCGACCCCGCCAGCUGUGACUAUGUGAUCGUGAGUGGCGCACAGCGCAAGGAGGAGCGCUGGGACAUGGAGGACAAUGAGCAGGUGCUGCCCACAGAACAUGAGAAGAAGCAGAAGCUGGAGACAGAUGCCAUGUUCCGCCUGGAGCACGGGGAGGCGGACCGCAGCUUACUCCGCAAGGCCAUCCCCACGCUGAGCCACCUCCAGGAGGCUCAGAGCGCCUGGAAGGACGACUUCGCGCUCAACAGCAUGCUGCGCAGGCGUUUCCGGGAGAAGAAAAAGGCCGCCCAGGAGGAGGAGGAGCGGGACCAGGCACUCCAGGCCAAGGCCAGCCUGGCCAUCCCGCUCGUGCCUGAGACCGAGGAGGACCGCAGGCUGGCUGCCCUCCUCAAGUUCCACACUCUGGACUCCUAUGAGGACAAGCAGAAGCUCAAGCGCACGGAGAUCAUCAGCCGUUCCUGGUUCCCCUCUGCCCCAGGCCCCAGCUCCAGCAGCAGCAAGGCCAGCAGCAUGCUGAAGAAGCUGGCCCAGGGCCGCAGGGCCGGACCCCCUGCCUGCAGCCCCAUCACGGUGGGCGACCUGGGCAUUGUGCGGCGGCGGUCUCGGGAAGUCCCAGGGAGCCCCCAGCAUACCACGGAUGCCUCCACAACCCAAGAGCUGCUAAGGCUGCAGGGGGACCCCCAGAAUGGACCUGCAUCCCCCGAGGACUGCCCUAGGGGCACAAUUGAGAGCCUCAAGACCAGUGUGCAUUGGGAACAGGAGGAGAGUAGCCAGGAUGAGCCCCAGUCCCCAACAGGCUCCUCCCAGGAAGCAGACACCCCACAUCCCAGCUGUUCCUCAUUGGUGGCCGACUACUCAGACUCAGAGAGCAGUGAGUGAGGGGCCUGGUCCUAGCAGAGGGAUUGCCUCCAGGAGCCCCUCCUGGGCUGCAGGCCCUACCAUAAGCCUCCCCACACCUUGCCUUCCCACAGCCUCAAAGUUAUUUAUUUAGUCCAGCCCAGGGGGCCUGUGACUUGUGGGACCCCAACACCCCAAAAUUAAAGCUCUGUUCUUUGCC